UUUCUUAUACAUUUUUUCCGAUAGCAACAUUAUCUUUCAUGUUCGAGCGCAUUUUGUUCUGCGACCGGCCGCCAUACUCAAACAAAAAGAUUGAGAUGAAAAGAUAAAUUUAUAUUUACUGGCAGUUGUUGAAAGUGUUUUAAUUUACUAAAUGAGUUCUAAAUCAGAUGUAAACAGAAGGGUACUCGCCAUCCAGGCGAAAAAGAAACGACAUAAACUUGGUAAAAAGAAAAAUCGCGAGGAGGAUCACGGGGCUGUUGGACAAGGAAAUGGUCUGCGUAACCAGAAUCAAAAUCGUCUAGAACCAACACACAGCUCUUCCAACGAAACGAUUGAAGAGGAUGAAGACGAGCAGUACGCCAGCGACGACGAAGAGCAGGAGGACAGCGCCGAUUACUGCAAGGGUGGAUACCAUCCAGUCAAAAUCGGCGACUUGUUCCUGAACCGCUACCACGUCACUAGAAAACUGGGCUGGGGCCACUUCUCGACGGUGUGGUUGUGUUGGGACCUCGUCGACAAACGCUUUGUAGCGUUGAAAGUUGUGAAAUCGGCUCCACAUUUCACGGAGACGGCGCUAGAUGAAAUUAAAAUACUGAAGGCUGUACGUGACAGCGAUCCUACCGAUCCCAAGAGGAACAAGACCGUGCAACUACUUAAUGACUUUAAAAUAACUGGUGUGAAUGGCACACAUGUGUGCAUGGUGUUUGAAGUUUUGGGCCAUCACCUUUUGAAGUUGAUAUUGAAGUCAAACUAUAGAGGCAUCCCUCGGGAAAACGUCAAGACCAUCAUACGCCAAGUACUCGAAGGCUUGGAUUACUUGCAUACUAAAUGUAAGAUUAUUCAUACUGACAUAAAACCUGAGAAUGUGUUGGUGUGUGUGGAUGAACCAUACAUCCGAAAGCUGGCAGCAGAGGCGACAGAGCUACAUUCCUUGGGCUUACGUCUACCCCAUUCCCUUAUCAGUACCGCUCCAAAGGAAUUUCAAGAACAAGUAGUCACAGCUAAGAUGAGUAGAAAUAAAAAGAAAAAAUUAAAGAAAAAAGCAAAGCGCCAAUCUAUGUUGUUGAAAAAACAAAUGGAACAAAUUGAGGAGAUGGAGGAGCAAAAGCGAACACAAACCAACAGUGAGUCAGCUCCCAUGUCUCAGGAUAAUGACGAAUCACCUCAGACACCUGAGGAGACUAGUGUGAUUGAGACAACCCGCUCAGAUAACGAGACCAAUAUUAAUGGGUGCAGUGACACCCAGAGGCCUGAUGAAGACUCCUAUGACAAUGAUGGAGUACAACUACGUAACAAACAAUAUGGAUGUGGUGACGAUGCAGGCACACCCAUGUCGGAGGGGGAAAUGACAGACACCCCUCCAUCAUUUAACUCACAGUCAACAAAAGGUAAAUCUUUAGAUAAGACACCUGAUCCCGCCUUCGAUAUUUGCGAUAUUGAAGUGAAGAUUGCAGAUCUAGGAAAUGCAUGCUGGGUUCACCGACACUUCACAGAGGACAUACAGACCCGGCAGUACAGGUCCCUGGAGGUGUUGUUAAGUGCUGGCUAUGGCACAUCAGCAGAUAUCUGGAGCACAGCCUGCAUGGCAUUUGAACUUGCCACUGGAGAUUAUUUGUUUGAACCUCAUUCUGGUGAUGGUUACAGCAGAGAUGAGGAUCACCUAGCUCAUAUUAUUGAAUUGCUUGGUGAUAUUCCCAAGAGGAUUGCAGCAUCAGGCAAAUAUUCUAAGGUGUUUUUUAAUAAAAAGGGUGAACUGCGAAAUAUUACUGGCUUGAAGCCAUGGGGUUUAGUGUCUGUACUGACAGAGAAAUAUGAAUGGAGUCAACAUGAUGCAGAAGAAUUUGCUGAUUUCUUGAAGCCCAUGUUAGAUUUUGACCCAAACAGGCGUGCCACUGCGUAUGAGUGCCUUCAGCACCCAUGGUUAAAAAUAGCUAAACCAGAACAAAAUGAGUCUGAAGAAUAAUGGUUUGCUCUCUGAAGUGGUCCUACAUUCAUGAAAUCAGUAGUGUCAGCAUAUAAAGUAUUUCACUCUUUUACAUUUUAAUAAAAGUUUAUUUAUGGAUUUGUGAAUAAUUUAAUUUGUAUCUACUUAGACUGUUUUGUUAACGAUGCAGGAUAACUUGAGAAUUAAUUGUGUGACAAUGUUAUAAAUGUUGAAGUAAUGCUGAGUACCCAGUGGUCUGUACUGUAUCGGUAGGAAGGUAUAUAAUACACCUGCUGUUAAAUCAUGGCAACAUAUAAAUAAUGGUUGGACAUUAUGUAUAGUGAUUGGCAUUAUUAGACAACAUAAAUUACCUAAACUGUACAGAUAGCUUUAGGAAAAAUUGUGAUGUAUGACAUGUAGACAAUAUAGGUUUUAUCACAUUAAUCUCCUAGAAAUUUGUUAGUUGACAUGAUGACAUAGCUCUGCACUUAAAUAACCUAGAUGGUGAGGAAUUACUGUAACUGUAACAAAGUUGUGCAUGCAUACUGUUACUCUUCAGGAUGUAGAAUGUUCACAUAGUUUAAGUUUGUGUUUUAUCACUAUCACAAUAAAAAUCUCAUAAUGUAAACAUUAGGAAUAAGACAGUAUUUGUAAUGCCACACCUCCGAGACUGCCUUUUUAUAUUUCAAUGAGUCAUCUAAAUUGAACAAUGGCUGGGACUAGUUCAAACCGGAGGCGGUUUAAGACAGUGUCUUCUAAACCAGCUGAUAGUUAUAUUAUUUAUCAUAGAUCCCGAUUUACAUGACCAUAAUUUGUAUUAAUUAUAUCUGCAAAUUUACAUAAAUAAAUUGUGAAAAUGAGCUUCUUA